AUGGGCGACAAAAUGGACAUGUCUUUGGACGAUAUUAUUAAGUUGAAUCGGAGCCAGCGCGGCGGAGGUGGCCGGGCCGGCGGCGGCCGAGGCCGGGGGAGAGGGACCGCCGGCCGAGGCGGUGGCGGGGCCGGGCGAGGUGGAGCCGGCCGGGCAGGAGGCAGCGGCCCCAUCCGGAACAGAGCCGCCCUGACCCGGGGAGGCGGCAGGAACAGGCCCGCGCCCUAUAGCCGGCCAAAACAACUCCCCGAGAAGUGGCAGCAUGAUCUGUUUGAUAGUGGUUUUGGUGCCGGCGCUGGUGUGGAGACAGGCGGGAAACUUCUCGUCUCUAAUCUCGACUUUGGCGUGUCAGAUGCCGAUAUACAGGAGCUUUUUGCAGAGUUUGGAACGUUGAAGAAGGCAGCAGUGCACUAUGACCGAUCUGGACGUAGUCUAGGUACCGCAGAUGUUCAUUUUGAGAGAAAGGCAGAUGCUCUGAAGGCUAUGAAACAGUACAAUGGAGUCCCACUGGAUGGACGUCCUAUGAACAUCCAGUUGGUUACAUCACAAAUAGAUACACAGAGGAGACCAAUACAAAGUAUAAAUAGAGGAGGCAUGACCAGAAACCGUGGUGGCUCAGGUGGCUUUGGUGGUGGCAACAGACGAGGCAGCCGUGGCAACCGGGGCAGAGGCAGAGGUGCUGGAAGGAGUUCCAAACAGCAGCUUUCUGCAGAAGAGUUGGAUGCACAGUUGGAUGCUUAUAAUGCCAGGAUGGACACCAGUUAAACCAGUUGGUGCAUCUUGUGCAUGGGAAGGACUGCAGGCAUCUCAUUCCAUGCUCCCCAGCGGGAGGGGAAGGGUGUGCGGCGGCGGCGGCUACUAAUAUCAAGGAUGGAAUUUUUGUUUCUUUUAUGUUUUGGAAUAGGUUUUAAACUCAUGUAAAGGUUUCUUUCUUUUUCUUUUUUUUUUAAUUCUGAAACAGAUCUGUUUUGUACUGAGUUAUUUUUGGGAAAAAUUUUACUGGUUGCUUGUUGGGCCAAGGUGGCUUUUUCACCUUGGCAGUAAUAAAAUAGAAAUGUGUCUAGA